AUGUCAGCACAAACAAAGGACUUUGCAUCAGCCCCUCCUCCUCAUCCUCCACCACCACCACCACCACCACCACCACCAACGACAACAAACAACCAACAUGCGCAACGUACACAUACUACUUCCGUAAGGUCAGCCUUGCUGACUACCUUACCUUACCUUACCUUACCUUACCGUACCUUAGCUAUCUUUACGGGUGAAGGAAGUACACGGAAUUGGGAGGAUCGGUUACACGAGAGAGUUGAUGAUGAGAUGAUGGAUCGUGAUGAGCAUGAGUAUGAGCAUGAGCAUGAUGGCUACGAUGAGAAAUUGGUAGGAGGAGGAGGACAAUCUCCAGGUUCUUCAGCACAGGUGUACUACACAGGCUCAGAGAGAUGCAAAAGACGUUCCUCGGCGGGGUCAAGCGGAGCGGAGGAUGAAGGGAUUGCUAUUGGAAUUGGUAUUGGCAUAACACGCGACUGCGAGGAUAAGCAAGAGUUGAGAAGAAGAAGAAAUGUCGAUGUUUCUCCGGGGGAAAUUCUCAGGAAGAGACAAUUUGGUCCACCUUCACGAUCUUCAGAUACUAUUACUGCAACAAUGGCUGCUUCUGGAACGUCGAAAACGACACUGCCUGCUUCUGGGGAUAGCAGCGAGGAUGCGGAUACUUCGUCCAGUACCACAAGUGUGACUGAUGGAAGCGAAGCCAGUGAGAGUGAGACCACGGGUACCGCGUUUGUAACCCAGCCCGCACUCGAGACUGCAUCGUCAAUAGUCACGGAUGUCACGGAACCAUACACUUCCUCAUUUGCCACGAGCAUAAGCACCUUCUUCGAUCUCAAUACGACAGCAGAAGCUACCGCAUCGACGAGUCAGUCGACCUCUACCUCCAGCGCAGAGCCAAGCUUAGCGUCGCUAUCGAACAAAGGCUCGAGCAACGGCGGGCUCAGCAACAGCAGCAAAGCCGGUCUAGGCGCUGGGCUUGGUAUAGGGCUGGCUCUACUCUUCGCAGGAAUCGUCUUCUUCUGCCUCGCGCGUCGAAGAAAACGCAAGAAGAUGCUUAUGACCGCAAAAUACCCUGCUCCUGAUGCCCAAUCCCACCUCUCCAUGAUCGAGCAAUCGCAGCCAGUGCAAUUGAAGGCCGAAGAGCAGUCUGCGGAAAGCCAGCCGCUGCAGGCGCAAAUGGAUUACCACGAGCAGCAGGAUAUUCGACAUAGUCAGGCUUACUAUGAGAUACCUCCGCUGGGGGGCCAUGCGUUCCAGGCUGUCGAGGAACAGAGUCCGGUCACUCCUAUUGCGACAGAGAUACGGGGUGGGAUACCGUUGGUAAUUGCGAUUCCGGGCAGCCAGAGGCCAUCGGGCGUCUCUCGUGACCAUUCACCUAUUCGCUCGCAUUCUCCUGUAUCGCCGAUCUCGCUGGUUUCUGCUGUGUCGCCGCUACAUUCCAGGGAACCGUCUCCGAAAACUUGA